AUGCUCGGCCUGCUCGCGAACCUCUUCCGCGCACCCUCUCUCUCCUCCCGCGGCAUCUCUCCCGCCCACUUCAUCUCCACCAUGUCUGGCGAAGGCGCACCGUCGAUCGCGACGUUCGCGUCCGGCUGCUUCUGGGGCACCGAGCACGUCUUCCUCAAGCACUUCCCGCCCGCGCAGGGCAAGGGCGUCCUCCGCACCGCCGUCGGCUACACCGGCGGGCGCGCGGACGCGGCGAGCCCGGACUACCGCACGGUGUGCGCGGGCGCGACGGGCCACGCGGAGGCGGUCCGGGUCGAGUUCGACCCCGCGGUGGUGGGGUAUGCGGAGCUCGUCGAGUUCUUCUACCGCACGCACGACCCGACGACGGCGAACCGGCAGGGCGGCGACGUGGGCACCCAGUACCGGUCCGUGAUCUUCUACAACACCCCGGAGCAGCUUGAGGUCGCGAAGCGGGUGACGGACGAAGUGCAGAGGAAGCACUUCGACCCCAAGGGCAAGAAGAUCGUGACGGAGAUCGUCGAGGCGGGGACGUGGUGGGACGCGGAGGAGUACCACCAGAAGUACCUGUUCAAGAAUCCGACGGGGUACCAGUGCCCGACGCACCGCCUGCACUGGUGA